AUGUCUUCUGAAGGCUUUCUGAGGGAAAUGCAAACCAUUAGUGAGAAGUUUCUCCUGAAGCUCCAGAAACUACCCAAGGCCGACCCGGUGGAGAUCGUGUCCUUCAGUGUGGUGCUUCUGUUUAUCG